UCCGAUAAUCCCCACCGAAGAAGAAGAAGAAACAAUUCGACAGGAAGUAGCUAGCUAAGCAGCUAGCAUCCUCAAACACUGCUUCAAAAAUGCCGGAGUUAGCGGUAGAAAAUGUUGUUGUCCAUCCACUUGUGUUGCUCAGCGUGGUGGAUCAUUUUAAUAGAAUAGGGAAAGUAGGCAACCAAAAGCGAGUAGUGGGUGUCCUCCUCGGCUCUUGGCAUAAGAAAGUCCUUGAUGUGUCCAACAGCUUUGCAGUGCCUUUUGAUGAGGAUGACAAGGAUGAUUCAGUGUGGUUCCUGGACCAUGACUACUUGGAGAAUAUGUACAACAUGUUCAAGAAAGUCAAUGCCAGAGAGAGGAUAGUGGGCUGGUAUCACACAGGUCCUAAACUACAUAAGAAUGAUAUUGCCAUCAAUGAACUCAUCAAGCAAUACUGCACCAAUUCAGUAUUAGUGAUCAUUGAUGUAAAGCCUAAGGACCUGGGCCUGCCUACAGAAGCCUACUUCUCGGUGGAGGAAAUACAUGACGACGGCACCCCGACCUCCAAAACAUUUGAACAUGUGACCAGUGAGAUUGGAGCCGAGGAGGCAGAAGAGGUGGGCGUGGAGCACCUUCUCAGAGACAUCAAGGACACAACAGUUGGUACUCUGUCACAGCGUAUCACUAACCAGGUACAUGGCCUAAAGGGGCUCAACUCCAAGCUGCUGGACAUCAGGUCUUACCUGGAGAGAGUGGCUGCAGGCAAGUUGCCCAUCAACCACCAAAUCAUCUACCACCUACAGGACAUCUUCAACCUGCUUCCUGAUGUCAACCUUCUGGAGUUCACAAAGGCCUUCUACCUGAAGACCAAUGACCAGAUGCUAGUGGUCUACCUGGCAUCCCUCAUCCGCUCAGUGGUGGCUCUCCACAACCUCAUCAACAACAAGAUCUCCAACCGUGACGCUGAGAGGAAGGAGGGACAGGAGAAGGAAGAGGGCAAGAAGGAGAAGAAGGAAGACAAGGAGAAGAAGGAAGAGAAGGAGAAAGGCGACACCUCGUCUAGGAAAGAUGAGAAAAAGAAGAAAUGAGUGUGCACUAUUGGUGUUCGUCUUUGUCAUACCCUAUUCCCCUGGAUAGUGCACUACUUUUGGCCUGAGCCACAGUCGUCUGUAUAUGGGUCUAGCUAAAAGUAGUGCUCUAUAUGGGGGUGUGGUGUCAUUUGAGACUUGCCCUUUGUCAUAACUGGCACUGAAUAACUAUAGUGCUGAGGGUGACAGGAUGGUUAUGUGUGUUGGAUGUUCUCUACAAUGAGAACAUGUUGGUUCUGCACCAUCUGGGCUGCGUUUAGUAGGGCACACGUUACAGAACCUCAGAUAGAAAUCCAUAUUGUAGAACAGACAUGCCUUUUUGACAUGUGAAGAGUCAGGUCAGCUCUAUUCUGGUAUUUCUAUCUACAACUUUCAGUAAAUUGCCCCUUCCCGAAUGUGACCCUGGUGUUGUGUGUGUGUAGUGAAAGAAACCUUCAGUUUCUGUAUCACUUCAUUAAAGUAGGGUCAUAUUAAAUCAUUUUCGUUAAGUUUCUAA